GGGGUAUAUAAUAAUAAUAUAAUAAUUUAAACGACAUUAAUGGCUCCAUUAAGUAAAUACGCUAGUUCAGAGGUGCUGUUAGGCCGCUUAACAGAACUGAAAGCAUAUUAUAGGCCUAAUAAUUAUAUUAUACAUGCUGUCUUUGUUUUGGACAAAACUCGAGAACAUUCAGAGGCAUCACCGGGGCAGAGAACUGCUGUACGUAGAAUUACGCUGCACGAAUAAGCUUUAGGCCUACAUCUUGAAAAAUUAUUAGACAACAACAACUACUAUAUAUAUAAAAAGCACCCCUUAAACUGAACAGGAAUUGCAAACACAUCAAAUUAAAAAUGAAAUUGAAAUUGAAAUCUGGGAGAACUAGCCUGGUGGUAUUCAUCUGCUAUUUUCUCACCCAGUGUGCAUCGGGUUACAACAGAGAUGAGAUGGAACUCAUGGUAAGUACUGAUUCAAAUGGCGGGUAGCCUUACACUGUGCCCGAAGUGAGAUGAACGAGAAAUUUGACAUUCUUUUCAACGAAAUAUCUCGUUUGAAAGAAGCCUUAACAACAGGAGGGCAGCCUUGUGAAAACCAAGAAUCUGUUUCACACCAAUUUUUAGAGAUACCUGCUCCGAGCAUUAUCGUCUUGUCCGCAAAAAGAGAGGUCAGUCUCCGAAAGAUCAAAUUCACCGUGACUUAUAAGCUGAGCGUGGACGUGGUGCCAGACGUUUCCUGGUUUCGUAAUGACGAACAAGGCUCAGGACUUGAUGACGUCGUAGACAAACGAGUUGACAUAGGAGAUGGUUAUGUUCGAGAGACAAGUGCCGUCACGGACAGUGACAGAGGAUAUGCCAAUGUUUUCGUGCGAUUGGCAGAACCUACUUUUGGGGAGGUGGUUUUGGAACUUAGAAAUAGUCUUAGAACUAACACAACAGAGUUAAGUGUUCCCGGUUCUAUGCUAACAUUAAUACCGGUGCCAGCGGGGGACAUUACGUACAACCCUGGUCAUAACGCAAAGGUCAGGGUAAUUAUUCCUAGAGUGAACGACGAUUCUGAGUCGGGGAGUACGCUUAAGCUGAAUACAAUUCUGUACGAUGAUGUAUCCAGAGAACUGAAGUAUGGAGAAGGCACAGGAGACUUUGUGCAAUAUGCGGACACCAAAGAUUUCAUAGAAACACAAGAGAUGGAGUUGUUACUAAGCACGUCAAAUGGGUCGCCGAGGGGCUUGCUUGUGUUCACAAAUACUAUUCGUACAAGAACAAGGAGUGAUCUUAUUGCAGGAGGACAUGUAGUCACCCAAAGGGUUCUGAGACCCUCAAACGAAACCCUGCCGUUCCCAGAAGGAUAUCUUGGUUUCUUGCGAAUGCCUCGUUCUUCUCACGAUCCAAAUGUCACCGUUACGAAAUGCAAUUACGCAGAUCGAGGUUGUGAGAUAUCUUGCUCCGUCUUUGGAAAUAACGUCACAGAUUUCCCCAUAUACAGGAUAGGCGAGAAUGGUAGCAGGAGGGUGAUUCCCUACAACACGUCAACGCUCUACGGAGGCUAUAGCGUAAAGAGUCACGCUGUUGUGAAACCUAACCCUAGGGGGGCGGGUCAAGUCACGUACGAAUGCGUAGCGAAAGACGCCGAUGACAACACAGCUUCGACGUACAACGUUGUUAACUUCUAUUUACCACUGAAAUUUGACAGCGAAGCUUCUGGACUUUGGUUCACCGAUCCUCAUACCAUGAUGGUGAGCUGUGUUGUUAGAGUUGCCCCAAUCACAGGGGUGCAAUUCAAUUUUAAUACGAAGCUCGAUUCAGGCUGGCGAUUUGGUGAGGAUCCUGACAGUGUGGAGAUUAUCCCAGAUGGUUUGAACGCCACCAAGGUCAUCACCAUUGACCCCAAGAGUGGCCACUUCGAACAUGAGAUCUGCGAGGCAAUGCAGCCAAUUGAAGACUCUGGUUAUAAUUUGCGUGUGGUGCUGAGGCUUCAACCGUCCUAACAUGGAGAUUUGAAACUCUUUAUAAGAUAAGAUACAUCUUUAUUGUCCAGAUCCUGGCACGUUGGUUUGGUGUUUCACCACGC